AGAGAGAUAAAUAGAAGGCAAUCAAAUCAACGGGCAGCCCGUGCUACCGAGAGACCCUUUUUUCCUUUGCUUCGAACCGAUAUGUCGGCUGCGGACUGAAAGGAAACAAGGUGGAGGAGAGCGACACAUCGUCCCAAUAAACGAAGUGAAUCAAACCCAGAAAGCAGAGAACAGGAUGAACCCACUUCUCUGGCACAAAGUCGCAGCGAUUUCUGGCGUCGCAGCUCUUGGAUUGGGCACCUAUGGCGCCCAUGUCUUCAAACCACAAAACCCUGCUUAUAAAGAGGUUUGGCAAACGGCGUCUCUGUAUCAUUUGGUUCACACGGCAGCUCUGCUUGUCGCCCCUUCCACCAAGAACCCUAACAUUUUUGGAGGGCUUUUGACUGCUGGAAUUCUUGCAUUUUCUGGCACGUGCUAUACUGUGGCACUACUUGAAGACAGAAAAUAUUCUACUUUAGCUCCAUUUGGUGGCUUUGCUUUCGUUGGUGCCUGGGCUAGCCUGCUCUUCUGACUCUACUCGAGUUUCGGUUUUUCGGGUCUCUGAUAUGGCUGAAUUUCGAAGCUCUUGAUGAAGGUAUAUGCUUCUUGUAGGCUUUUCUCCGCUUUUUCUUCUUCCUUCUUUUCUCUCCUUAUACUGUGUGAAGCGUAUGAAGAUUGUAAAGACGUGAAAUAAUCCGAGUGCAGUAUACGCGUUUAUGGUGUUAGUUCAUGCCAUUUCUCACAUUCUCGAGUCCAUUUUCCUUGUAGAUUUUAGUGAAAAAGCACAAUGCUUCUGUUACAGGGAAGCUUCAGUGUUAUUUUAGCUCUUUACAUUACCAAAUAGGGAAAAGAUUAUAAUCCUAUGGUUCAGAA